CCCUCCCUCUCCUGCCGCUAUUGCUCUCUCGCUUCCCUCCCCGCCCCUCUUGGGUAGAGGGAGGGGUUGCCCGGCCUGUGGGGGUAUUGAGGCGAGAGAGCGGGCGGGCGGCUGAGGAAGCAGGCGAGCUAGUAUUGCAGCGGCGGCUUUUAUUGCAACGGUGCCCCCGGGGCGCUACUCAACAUGACCGGCCUAGGAUUCGGACUAAUAAGCUGUGCCUUCUUUUUGGGUGUGAAUGGCCUAUAUUCCUCUAGUGAUGAUGUCAUAGAACUUACUUCUUCCAAUUUCAACCGUGAAGUUAUUCAAAGUAACAGUUUGUGGCUUGUAGAAUUCUAUGCUCCGUGGUGUGGUCAUUGCCAAAGGUUAGCACCAGAAUGGAAGAAAGCAGCUACUGCAUUAAAAGAUAUAGUGAAAAUUGGUGCAGUUGAUGCAGAUAAACAUCAGUCCUUAGGUGGACAAUAUGGAGUCCAAGGAUUCCCUACUAUUAAAAUCUUUAGCUCCAACAAAAAUAGACCAGAAGAUUAUCAGGGUGGUAGAACUGGUGAAGCUAUUGUAGAUGCUGCUCUUAAUUCUUUAAGACAACUGGUAAAGGAACGCCUUGGUGGAAGAAGUGGUGGAUAUAGUUCUGGUCGAAGUGAAGGUUCAGGCAAGAAGGAUGUGAUUGAACUGACAGAUGACACUUUUGAUAAAAAUGUGCUUGACAGUGAUGAUGUUUGGUUGGUAGAAUUUUAUGCCCCUUGGUGUGGACACUGCAAAAACUUAGAGCCAGAAUGGGCAGCUGCAGCCACAGAAGUAAAAGAACAGACAAAAGGAAAAGUGAAGCUAGCUGCUGUAGAUGCUACAGUAAAUCAGGCAUUGACUAGCCGAUAUGGGAUUGGAGGAUUUCCCACAAUCAAGAUUUUUCAGAAAGGAGAACCACCUAUGGAUUACAAUGGUGGGAGGACAAGAUCUGACAUAGUUUCCCGAGCUCUAGAUUUAUUUUCUGAUAAUGCUCCACCACCUGAACUCCUGGAGAUUGUUGAUGAAGCAGUAGCAAAGAAAACAUGUGAAGAUCACCAGCUCUGUGUAGUUGCCGUGUUGCCUCAUAUUCUUGAUACUGGUGCAGCAGGCAGAAAUUCUUACUUAGAAGUUCUACUAAAAUUGGCAGAGAAAUACAAAAAGAAAUUGUGGGGAUGGCUGUGGACAGAAGCUGGAGCUCAGCAUGAGCUUGAGACUGCACUGGGAAUUGGAGGUUUUGGGUACCCUGCAAUGGCAGCUGUCAAUACACGGAAAAUGAAAUUUGCUCUUUUGAAAGGGUCUUUCAGUGAGCAAGGAAUCAAUGAAUUUCUCAGGGAGCUUUCUGUUGGCCGGGGCUCCACAGCACCAGUAGGUGGUGGUAUGUUCCCUAAAAUAAACACAGUAGCCCCUUGGGAUGGCAAAGAUGGUGAGCUUCCCAUUGAAGAUGAUAUUGAUCUCAGUGAUGUAGAACUUGACGACUUGGGAAAAGAUGAGUUGUGAGAUAUGACAUAUACUUCUUGGGAGCGGAUUUUUCCAACAGUGGUGGAACAUCCUUUGCAAUCAAAUGGAUAUACCAGUGGCCUUCUUAAAAACUGAAGCAGCAUUGUUUGGUCAUUUUAAACACUGUAACAGUGAACUGUUUGCUUCUCAAGAAAAACAUUGAAAAAUUCUAUGAAUUGUUGUUAACCAGUGAAUUUGAUUGUAUUCUGUCAAAUAAUAUUUUGAAGAUAAUUGAUUUUUUUUGUUGUUAAAAUUUUUUUCCAUCCCAAGUGUGCUGUUUGUAGGUUCUUUAAGGCUGUUACUUUACUAAGUUUUUAACUGUGAUUUUUUUUUUCCCCUUCAUUUGAACACAAUGCUUUGUUCCAGUUAAAGAAUAAAAACAAAGUAUUUUUGACAGUG